CACGACCAUGUGCAGUGUGCGUGAUCGCAUAUUUUUCGCUGCUUCCUCAUCGUCUCGAGUCGAUGCUGAGCUAGCUAGCUGAUGGUCUCAUUCGCGUAGAUUUUUAGUGCUGCACAAGUGAAGUGAAGUCAGUGUUUUGCGACAGUGAAAAAUAAUUAAUGUUAUCGUCCUCCCCCACGCAGUGCACAGUGCUUUUCCGUGACGAAAUUGUGCAAAGUUGACUUUGCACAAUUCACAGCAAGUGCUGGAGCUCUGGUGCGGUGCGAAAAUCCUCCGAAAAAAGAAGUUCGAGAGAGCGAGAGACUGCUGUGAAAAGCGAAACUCCGAAACUCGCAUCAGGCAAAAAGUCAAAGUCUGGGACUUUUCUUUGUGUUCGUCCGUGUGGAGUCCGCCGUCGUCGUCUUUGCUGUCGUAGGAACGACGGAAGAACAGGAUUGCAAAGUUGGAAAAGUGACGAGUGGAAUAAAAUAUUUUUAUUGUGUUCAUAAGUCGCGUCGAGAGCUGUGUUUGCAGUGUGAUUUGAAGCGCACUUAUAUUUUUUCCAGUAAACCCGUACCGUAACAGAUCCGAAAACGUCUAAUCAAAGAUCGAACCGUUGUGGGGGUAACGAAGCCGGGGACAGCCAAGGGCAGCAGAGCGUGUCACGUCGGCUUCGUUCCGAAGAGCGGGAGGCACAGGGUUCAAAGCGUAGCAUCGGUGGAAGCAAAGACGGCGACGCCAGCAGCAGCAACAGUAGCAGCCAAAAGCGUCCCAGCAGCAGCAGCAACAACAGCAUGUCGUCCAGUUGUUGUGGGACGAAGAAGCCGAAGCUCAACGGGGGAAACUAUGCGAACGCUAAUGGACACUGUGCCGACGGGAAUCAGGGCGGGCGUGGCUCGUCCGGGAAAGGGCCCAUGGUGAACGGUCACACCAACGGGUACCUGAGCAACGGACAUGCUGCUGCAGCCGCCGGUGGCGAUGGCAGCCAAUCGAUGGCUGACUCCAUGCCGGAGAUGUGCUUUUACUGCUUCGAGGUGCUGUACCGGGAGUUGAACCAACUGGAGGAACCUCGCACACCGUCCUUCACCAAUGAACCCUUCCCACUGUUUGUCACUUGGAAAAUUGGGAAGGACAAGCGACUGCGCGGAUGUAUCGGAACAUUCAGCGCAAUGCGUUUACACUCAGGUCUUCGAGAAUACGCAAUAACAAGUGCUUUAAAGGAUUCCCGCUUCUCGCCCAUCACGCGAGACGAGAUCCAAAGACUGACCGUGUCGGUGUCGAUCCUGCAGGGCUUCGAGGAGGCCCGCGGUUACCUGGACUGGACGCUCGGCGUGCACGGUAUCCGGAUAGAGUUCUACAACGAACGCGGCUCGAAACGAACUGCCACCUACCUGCCGCAGGUUGCCACCGAGCAAGGAUGGGAUCAAACGCAAACGAUUGACUCGUUGCUGCGUAAGGGCGGCUACCGGGCUGCCAUCACGCCGGAGAUGCGUCGUUCAAUCAAGCUGACGCGCUACACGUCUCAGGAGUGCCACAUGACCUACGGCGAGUACCGUGACCUGCUGGAAAGACAAUCGCAAUACAACCAGCCUGGUAGAGUACAAUGCUAACAACACGUGUUUUAUCUGCCUCCGCCACGACCUCCGCCGCCACCACCGCCCAGGCAGCUAAACCAGCAUCCUCAACCGCCACAACAACAGCUACAUCACUACCAACAUCAACAGUUGCAAAGUCUGCAACCGUCGCCUAUCUGUCAACUGGUGUGGAACGGCACCGGCCAUGUCCAACCGCCGGACCAUGCUGUUGGUGGAUCCUUUUCCUCUUCAUCGUCCUUGUCAUCGUCCUCGUCAUCCUCGUCGUCCUUGUCCUCGUUCUCGCCGCCGGGGAUGAAUCCGGUGCAACCGUUUUCGUCUCACCAUCCGCGCCAUCCUUCGAUCCCGCCACCAUACCCGGUUCACCAGUAUCAUCCGCAGUUCCACCCGCAGCAGCAGCCGCCACAAGCGCGACCGCCGAUCGUUCAGCAGCCAUUCCUUCCUCCGCCGGUACCGGCCCGUUUCCGGUAUUUCAACUAAACGACCAUCGCCAUCACCACGGUGGUGGCGAUGGCAGCAGCGACAAGCGGUGUGAUCCAGGCAGAUAACAUCUAAUAAAUUAUAUGAACCGUUCUUAUAAAUACGAAUUAACAAACAAGUUUUUCUACCUUUGCCAAUCGUUCAUGGGCAUCAGUCGCGUGUGCGGGAACCGCUCGUUGUCGGCAGGCGCUACAAGGUACGGAACAAUCUGGGAAUGCGUUCUCAUCUUUGAAGUUGUGGAGGAUUGACACCUCCCCAUGCCGGCCUUCGUCAGCAAACAAUUGAGUUUGAACUAUCCAGUGUAUUGUGCUUGGUAUUGACGGCUUAGUUGCUUUUCAGUGGAAUCACUUCCAGUCUUCAUCAGUCGCUUUCCUGUCUCUAGCAAAUAUGGAAAUUUAACAGUUUGAAGUCUAUUUGUCUCAACAAUAAUGGUUUGAUUCCUGGAUCUCGUAAAUUUUUGGGCCAAUUUAGUGUCCCUGCAGUACCAAAGGAUUGGAAAUUGAAACUAAAACUUAGCUGGCAGUUCUUAUUUUAGCCUUGCCUGGAAGUCAAAUAAAAAUCUAUCUCUCUUAUUUGAUUAGUGAUGCUGAACCGUCAUCACCAAGCGCAAAAUACUGGAUAUGCCACGGAUUGAAAAUUAAAAAGCGGUGACUAAAUGUUCAUUAAAUAAUAAUUACUAACUAGCGAUAAAACACUUAUAAUAACACAUUGAGCGAUGAUGAUAUAAACAGAGUAAACACUAUUUUAAAGAUUAUGAUACAAAAACAAAACAUUUUUGAACCGAGUUUGAGCUGAUAAAAUUCCAAAACGAAUGAAAAAAGAAGUAAAAUAUAACAAAAACACACGCAGAUAGUCUCUAGCACGCGUCGCAAUCGUCGUCAGUCGAAGGCGCGACGCGACGCGACACCGGAUAAGUUGUGUUAUAAAGCGUUCUCAAAGCAUUAGUUGAUAAGAAUUAUAUAAAAAACAUAAUUGCUAACUAAUUGAAUUGUUGAUAUCCAACCAAUGACGUGGGACAUUGCUUCCCAUGUCUUGCAUCUCACAAGCAUCAUCGACCACCAAUCCAACAACCACCAUUGACGUGAUUCGUUCGCGGUGAAGGUUUUUUUCUU